AUGACAACGAUCGGGAGCAAGUCAAGAAGCAACAAGGACAAGUCGGUGGAUUCCGAGAAAAGUGAAGCGAGGACGACGACGAUGGAGAGCUGGGCAGAUGCGAUGCAGAAUCAGGUAACGCUGAGAGAGCGAAAGAAGCUUGUCAAAGGUUACGCUGAUUUCAUCGGAACCAGUGAGACAGUCGUGGAGAGUGUGCGUGAGCAGUUGGGCGUGCACAGCAAGUGUUCAGAGAGGCAGAAAGACGUGAUAGUGAAGCCAAUGAAAGAGUUUGUCAGCGAAUUGACAAAGCGCUACAACGAGCUGAGCAGUGGAAAGUGGGAGCGCGUUGUGAUGCGCAUCAUGCGAGAAAACGGGCUGGAAAAAUUGGAAGACUUGCGGGAUGCGGUCUUGCCGGAUGAUUUGACAGCGAGUAAGAAGAAAGAAAUACAGUCAAGAAAUAAAGAGAAAAUUCAGGUGCACUCAAGGAGAUCGUCGUCAAGGAGUUCGAAUGGUUCGUCGGUGGAUUGGCGCGAUGAGAGAAAGGAAAGAAAGACCGGUGAGUCUUUUUCUAAGAAGUGUGACCUAAAAAAUGAUCGAAGUGAAGACGGGCGCGUGAAGGUGAAGAAUUGGGAAGUGAAGAGCAGUGUGGGGGAUUUUCCGGAAGGAAGUGUGCGAGUCAGCGAAAGAAGAAAGUGUGAGCGCGACAGUGAGAGAUGUUCGCGAGUGUCACGGAACAGUUCGCGAAUAAUGGUGGAGUGUCUGAGCAGAAUGAUAAGGGCGUCAGCUCUGCCAGAGCCGGAGAAGUUCGACGGGAAAGGAGAUGUCAAAGAGUUCAAAAGAUCGUUCAUCCUCAAGUACAAAUCGGUCACGGAGUGCGAUGCCGAUAUGGUGGCGAUUUUAGAAGACAAGUUCCUUAAAGAUGCCGCAAGAACGUUGUUCAAGACACUUCCGAAUCGAUUCAAUCGAUCGAUCGAUUCGCUGUUCAAAGAGUUUGAAGAGAAGUUGAGAAGGAGGCAAGGAGAUCGCGAGGUGGAAGCUCUCAACGAGUUUGAGGAUUUAGAGCGAAAGCAAAAGCAGCCGAUGUGGGAGUUUUUGAUGUCUGUGGAGAAAUGGUCGAAGAGAGCGUUUCCACAUCUGGAAGAAGAGACACUGUCACAGCUGAGAGUCACAAAGCUUAUGAGAGCGCUGCGGGAUGAUCCGACGAUGCAAAAACUGAUGACUAUGAAGCGAUACGAGGUGGCGAAAAAGGACCAGUACGAGUUCCUUAAGGAUAUCGUUCUUCAGCAAGAGAACGAAGACAAGAGAAGGCAAGGGCUCGGAAAAUCGGAUCGACACGAAAAGAAGGAGAAUAGCUGGAAAAAGAAGCGAAGCGAGGCAGCAAAGCAGGAAAAUUCCGAGGAGAAAAAGGAAGGAUCGGAAGCUGGUAGCCAGGGGAACAGAAGUGAGAGUGAGAGCCAGAGAAGGGCAAGAUUGCGAUGCAAAAGUGAUAAAUGCAAAAGUAUAAAGAAGACAAUCAUCAAAGAGCCAGCAGUGAUAGCUUCCCCGAGAUUGAAAAUCUCGGGAAGAAGGAACAUUCUGGAAGUUCGGAAUUCGCAUGGAAGCGAUUUCAUGGAGAAGUACGAGUGGAAGAAGGUGAAGAAUGUGCUAUGGCUGUGGAGAGUCACAAAGGACGAGAAGGUCAACCAACGGAUUUUCGAAUUGAUCGAGAAGUUGGCAGAAGAAGUACCAGAAGUCAUAAUGGUUCCGUUCAAGCUGGAAUGUGUCAUGAAAGAAGUGGAUGAGGUGACAGAGGAGUGGAGAAAGAGGCUGAAGACGUUGAACAACGUGAAGCUUAUUGAUCCAAAGAAGGAAGUCGGAAAGCGGAAGAUGCCGCUCAUAGGGACAUCAUCGGAUGCGUAUGAGUCGAAAGAAUCGCUGGUGCGAUAUCUGGAGCAAGUGGCAAAGGAUAAUCCGUGUGUGAAACGACUGAAGGCGAUGUCGGCGGAGAAGGAGCAGCCACGUAGCAAAAUGACCAAGUCCGAUAAGUAA